UGAAGUUUAAUGAGGGAUGCUCCAUAAAUUGGGAGAUGUAAAAUCCAUUUUCUAAGUAACAAAAUGUUUCUUGAGAAACGGAUGGGUUAGAAGACUUAGUUUCAGAAAUAGGGAAGCUCUUAGGAUUUAGCCUUCUCUCCCCAAAGUGGAAAAAAAACACUGUCAAAUCUGUAUGGAAUUUCAUCCAUUUUCCAUUCAGUAAUCACAAAGGGCAGAAUCAAAAUACAUGUUUAAGUACAGCAGUAAGAGGUAGUUCUCUCAGAAAUGUUACAACCUUACGUGAUAGAAUACAAUUGAUGGAGGAAAUAAAUACUUGCUCCUCCCCGUUUAAUACCUGGAACCUUGGUGUGAGAAGUGCCGUGUUUUUCCACAACCAUUUGUGUUUCAGUAGGGGCUGAAUAUGUUGGCCAAGUAUGCUUGUGCAGACAAUGUGUCCAAACGUUUUUCCCAAAUCUGCCAUCAUGCUUUAUUACCUUAGAGGUGACCUGUCCUUCCCUACUUCUGGUCUCGUGUCAGGGUCUUGUUCUUGCAUCUGGUUUGUUUACCAUUUGGCAGUCUCGUUAAAAUCCACAGCUGGGGUGAUCUAUCCUCAAAUUUGCAGGUCAAGAGGAAGUUCCUUAGCAUAAAGCACCGUUCCCUUAAUCUUCCUGCUCUAAUUUGCCGUAGUCUCCUGGGAAACCACUUAAACGUGCCUGGGAAACCUUGCCUGCAUAACGGCACAGGGGGGGCUCCUGGACCGCUGUACCAGACGCUGAUGUUAGUCUGGCCUUCAAGUGGGUCUGCAGCUUUCGUGGGGCUAAAAUAGCCAGUUCUGCAGCGCCACUGGAAGAAACGCGUUGAACGGCGAGCUAGCUGACCAUUGUUCUCUCCAGGCCUUUUACAGCCCCAACGCCCUUCGCUCUAGGAAUCCUCACCGAGUUUUGCUUUUUGCUUAAGAGCCCGUUUGCCCGUUGCAGCAAGGAGCGACGAGGAGCGACGAGCACCGACGCCAGCCGGAAGCGCCCGCCCUGCUCGCUCUUCCGUUUCCGGUGGCGCGGAGGCCGUGGCGUCAUCGCUGAGCGCCCGGCCGGCGGCCCGCGUGAGGAGGAGAGAUGCUGAGCCGGCUUCAGGAACUGCGCAAGGAGGAGGAGACGCUGCUGCGCCUGAAGGCGGCUCUGCACGACCAGCUGAACCGGCUCAAGGUUGAAGAACUGGCCCUCCAGUCAAUGAUUAGUUCUAGAAGAGGGGAUGAGAUGCUGACUUCUCAGGCUGCACCUGAACAGUCACAUGAUCAGAUGCUGGUGCAUGUAGACAAUGAAGCAUCCAUCAAUCAAACUGCACUGGAGUUGAGCACAAGGAGCCAUGUGCCGCAAGAAGAAGAGGAAGAGGAAGAGGAGGAGGAAUCAGAUUCCUGAAGGGGCGAAGAGCCGGGGGAGAAGACCGCGCACUGCAGUUGUAUAUGCAUUUGCUGUGUCUCCCCCACAAAAUCUAAGUCUUCAAGACUGGAGACCUGUUUUUCCACUUUUGGAUCCCCCACCUCGUUCCUACUGCCACCCGACAGUGCUCAGCACAUAGUAAGUGCGCAAGGAUGCUUGGUGAAUGGAGGAAUGAGAAUGUAAAUGGGCGGGGGGAGGUUCCUGGAUCUGAGGGGAGGAGGGAGGGACUCAGAGCAACCUAAAGAUGGUCCCUGGAAAAGGACUUCUGCAGCCGCUAAACCAGCCACUCAGUUCCCAGAGCGUGAUACACGAAGCAGGACACACAGAUCCUGGAGCCCAAGCUGCCCAUGUUGUGGGAGCAACACAGGUUUCCCGGACAAAUCAACUGUGAGUUUUUCCUUCAGAGGAGCAAGUAAAUUCCAAGGUCAAAGAAGCUACGCAGUACCUUACCUCAUUGACUAUGUAAUCCAACAACUCGAAGAUUGCCAUGGGAGGCCGGCUGUCCAUUCCAUAAGCUACAAAUGUUAUAAGAAGAAAAAAGAAAAUGCUUCUCAGAAACACACAGGAGGUUAUCGGCCAAUAUGAGGCUGGGGGUUGGGCAUGGAUCCCAGGGACGUGAACAGAAUCGUGGAUAAUAAAGACACAGAAGAGCCACAGAUCAGGCCUGAAAACGGGACCAGCGAAAGCCACAGUCAGCUUGCCUGGGUAUGAGGCCGGGCUCUGCCACAGCUGAGGUUUUUGACCGUGGGCAAAUGUUUUUGCCUAGUUUUGAGUUUUGUAAAAUAGAGAUGGGUAAAAAUUAUGUUCGCCCUUCCUCCUUCAUUAAAAGAGGAGCAAAUGAGAUAAUAACUAAAUAACUAGCAAGGACUUAGUUUUAAUUCUCCCUGAACUUGGCCUCUUCCUUUUACACCCCAGAGUCACAGGCCCACCUGGGGCCACAGCCACCAGCCCCUCCAAUGGCCCGCCAUUGGCUGUCCGUGCCCCCGUUUGUCCUUUCAUGCUCACCCCCCCAUGGGGGCUAACGGAGGUAAAGACCAGAUCGCCCUGCUUGGACACGGACGUCCUGGCAGGAUAACAUUACAUCAGAGGAUGAUGGGUGGGCCAGGCUCCUCCAAGUACCAUGUUUACUUUAUGGUUCAGAGAGGCAGGCGGACCUGCACGCACAGUGCUCACCACCUCAGAGUCAGACGAGGCUGCUUACCAGGCUACGUGGCAAGUCUAGCACUCUAUGCCUCAGUUUCCUCAUAUCCAAAAUGGAGAUUACAAUAGUGCUCACACCCGACUGCUGUUAAAAUUACAUAAUGCGAGGCAAAUCCAUGGAGACAGAAAGCAGAUUGGUGGUUGCCAGGGGGUUGAGGGUGGAGGGAGCUGGGAGUGACUGCUAAUGGAGAUGGUUUUCUUUGGGAGCGGGUGCUGGAAAUGUUCUUGAAUUACAUAGGGGUGAUGGUUGCACAACAUGGAGCAAUAUACUAAAACCCACCGAACUGUACACUUUAAAA